CUCCUGAGUUCAAACAAUCCACCUACCUGAGCCUCCCAGAGUGCUACGAUUACAGGUGUGAGCCAUUAAGCCUGGCCCAGAUGAUCUGUUUAAAUAUCCUUUAUCUGCUCACAGUCAUUGGUCAAUUUUCCUCUGUUACGUCUCAUGAUGUACAAUACCAGGAUUUGGCAUCCAGCUUUAGUGCAUAUUUUAGCAACUUUAGCGUGGGACGCAACAUCAUCUCUCAGGCAAUCAGUGCAUUGAUCGAGUCACACUUGAGAAAUGGAAACAUUCAGGCGGCAAACUCUGUAAUCAGUGAUGCGUUAAAAGAAAUUGAUAAUGCUACACUGAACAUCGCUGUGACAGGGGAGUCUGGAGCGGGAAAGUCCAGUUUCAUCAAUGCCCUGAGAGAGCUUGGACCUGAAGACGAAGGUGCGGCUCCCACUGGGGUGGUGGAGACCACCAUGGAGAGGAUUCCAUACAAACACCCGAAGUUUCCCCGUGUGACACUAUGGGACCUGCCUGGCAUUGGAAGCACCAAUUUCCCGCCAAAAGAUUAUCUACAGAAAGUAAAAUUUGUUGAAUAUGACUUCUUUAUUAUUGUCUCUGCUACACGCUUCAAGAACAAUGAUAUAGAACUGGCCAAAAUGAUCAAAUCUAUGAAGAAGAAUUUUUACUUUGUGAGAUCUAAGGUGGAUUUUGAUUUAAGAAAUGAACAGGAGAGUAAACCUAAAUCCUUUGACAGAGCAAAAGUCCUGCAGCAGAUCCGAAACAACUGUCUUCGUAUUUUCAAUGAGAAUAAUAUUGAUGAAGCACCAGUCUUCUUAAUCUCCAACAGAGAUUUAUCAGAGUAUGAUUUCCCAAUCCUGAUCGACACCCUAUUAAGGGAUCUUCCUACUCCGAAGCACCACAUUUUUAUGCUUUUCAAGCCCGAUAUUAACGAGGCAGCCAUUGAAAGUAAGAGGGAUUCUUUGAAGCAGCGUAUUUGGCUAGAAGCCUUCAAGGCUGGCUUAAAGGCUGGCUUAAAGGCUGGCUUAAAGGCUGGCUUAGAGGCUGGCUUAGAGGCUGGCUUAGAGGCUGUCUUAGAGGCUGGCUUAAAGGCUACAGUAAAGGCUGUAGUAAAGGCUGCAGUAAAUGCUGCAGUGCCCAUAUUGGACAUCUUCUGUGACGGAGAAGUGGAGAAGCUCAAGGAGAUCUUAAGCAACUAUCGAGUCCUCUUUGGAGUGGACGAUGAAUCCCUGCAACGUUUGGCUAAGGACUUGCAAGUACCAGUGGAACAACUUAAGGCAGGCCUUAUAUCUCCAGGCUUAUUGGAAAAAAAGGCUAAAUCAAUAGAGUACAUACUUUUGACAAAUUUGGAGAACUUCAUUCCAUCUAAUAUAUUUCUCUUAAGAGGAGCAUUUACGUUUAGCAAAAUCUACUACUUGCAACUUCAAUUCCUUGACACAGUGGCCGAUGAUGCCAAAGUUCUCCUUAAAGAGACAUACUCAACAAAAAAAAAGUUAGAUUUCCCAAUAAACUAAAAUCCUCUGGAUGUUGAAAUCCAAAUUCAUGAUGGAAAAAUAUCACAGCGGAUGGCCAUAAACAAUAUAAUCGGUUUAUUGAGGUUGUCUAGCCUUCAAGGCAUACCUAUGGAUUGCAUGUCCCUGGCAGCCUGAGACCACAGGUGUGGAUCAUCUUUGUGUACGUCCUCAGAGGCAAAGAGCUAAAUACCCCUCGCUCACUCCCAGUAAAUGACCACAUCAGAUGAUUUUCCUUUUGUCAUAAAACUGUUUCAUAUAGCUGCCAGCCUGGCAUCCAUUUUUAGGCCUGACAUAAGUUGUUUAAGACCCAGUUCUACCCUGUUACCUGCACCCUAGUUAAAAUUCCCAUACAGAAACCACCUCUGAUUACAUAACUUGCUUUUCCCUCAUCUCACUGACUCAAGCUCAAUACACCGCACAGCUGUUGUCCACAGUAAAACCUAAUGGUCAACGCUAGAGUCAUGUAAAUAUGUCCCACACCCACCUUCUCACAUCUUCUCUUUAAAGUAGUAGAUCCACAAACCCCAUGGAAAACCCUAAAAGCUAUAAUGCCCAUCGUCCGUAAUAAAUGCAGAGGCCGCAGGGUCUUUCCCUCUCUUGCUCUCCACCCAUCGGGUGAGCCCCCCGCCACCUCUGUACUUCCUAUCGUCCUCCUGUCUGCACCCCUAACCUCUCUGGGAACCUGUGAGUAAUCAAUUUCUGCUGUUUCAUGCAUCUUGGAUUUGCCUCCUCAUUGUGUCUUGCCUGAAACACACUCCUAAACCUAACUUUCCCCUCAUCAGGGCUGUCCUGGAGAGCACUUAUCUUGCCUUAUGGCCACUCUCAACACAGGGACCUCAAGACCAAA